GAACGCAGUAAAGCGGGCUUGAAAACAGUCGAGAGGGAAACAAAGAGAGAGCGAACAUCUCGCUGUUGUCGGAUGUGAAUAACUACAUAAAUUGAUUAUUUUUCGAUCAAAGUAACUUUGCGCUUUCAUACGGCCUCCGCUAUGUCUCACAAACAGAUCUACUACUCUGACAAAUAUGACGAUGACAAAUACGAAUACAGACAUGUAAUGUUGCCCAAAGACAUCGCAAAACGUGUACCCAAGACCCACUUGAUGUCUGAGACCGAGUGGAGGAACCUGGGGGUCCAGCAGAGCCAGGGAUGGGUGCAUUACAUGAUCCAUCAACCAGAACCUCACAUCUUGCUGUUUCGCCGCCCUCUGCCUAACCCAAAAUCUUAAAGGUAUUUUUCGAGUCCUGCAAAGCUCAGCCUUUAAGUGCCUCCGAUCAGAGUUCCCAUCAUGCUGUCAAACCAACCUCCCGUUGGAUCGGAUCUCUGUGCUGAUGAUUAGGGACCUGGAGAUGGACUAUCAUUUAUGAACAAUGGAUGUGGAGUGAACGUGUUGGAGAGGGGAAAAAAAAAAAAGGAUUUGUUCUUAUGUAAGAAAAGGAAUCUGCAACAACACGUCUGACACAUUCAAACCCUUUUUGACUUUUUAAAAUGGCUUCAACGUCUGCUUGGAUCUGCAGUUUAUUAGAGCAAUUACUAUAGUGUGGUGAGCGAAGCUUUAACAGGAGUUAUACAGUUAUGAAACCACCUGAUCGUUACUCUAGAUUAGUUUGACUCGAGCUGACAUGUUGCUGCUUCGUUGUAUGAGUCUGUAAAUUGUCAUUUAACACAUGAGAAUCUGCAACAUUCCUGUUAUGAACUAGAUUUGAUUUUGUUUUCAUUCUGCUUUAGAGGAUUUCACUUCACUUGGUCUGAAUGUACCAACAAGCUGCUCAGUAUUUAUGAAUUGUGUUGCCCUUUGAUAAAUAAAUGUAAACUUAAAAUUUUACUGAUGGGUUCAUUUUUUUAUUUUUUUCCCCCCCCUGUUUAGUGUUUUGGGUUUGUCUAGAGUUGCAACAGGAAUGAUUCAACAAGAUAAACUUUCCAGGAAACAGUGAAGCUGAUUGGUUAGAGUUGUCUGCACAAUAUAGGACUGCACAAUAUAUCAACAUAAUAUUCAUAUUUCAAAAGACUGGACUGCAUUAAUUGACUAAUAUAUUGCAAGAGUGUUAUAAAGUUGGAAAUAGCCUUGCUCAAAAUGCUAACUGGAGCUCAGAUUAGAGCGAAUAGAAUAAUUUUCUAAUAUGGUGCAGCCCUUUAGUUUAGAUAUCUAAGAUGACCCUUGCUAUAGAGUUUAUAAUUUGUUCCUGGGUGUUUAAACUGAUUAUAUAUGUUAAACUUUGAGAAAUGUACAGUUUAUAGACAAAUUCAAAACUACUGUCUAGACCUGUCUUUUAAGGCGUAUUCAGUAAUCAUGACGGAUCUCUUUGAGGCAGUGACCUUAGAAAACGAAAGUCUUAUCUGCAAAAUAACCAAAUGUUUUCAGUUUAAUUUACUCUUUACAGCAGCAGCCAGUUCGUAUUUCUCUUCAAGACUGAAUCUAAUGACAAAAACUACUGGAAUAAAAUUUAACUUUGUGUGUA